AGCGGCCCUAUCGGACCAGGGCCAGGCCCCGAGGCCUCCCCCCGUCGGAGCGGAGCUGCGCCACCGGCCGAUGCGAGGCGUGCCCUGGGGAGCUGCGGGCACCACAGGCGCCCUUCCAUAAGGCUGCCCGUGGGCAGGCGCCGCACGCCGGGGAACGCCAGCCCGGCCACCACGCGGGGAGGGGCCGAGGCCAGAUGCUGCACGCGCUGCGGGAGAGCUUCGGCGGCCUGGCAGUGUGCCCCCGGGAGCUCUGGCUGGUCUACGUGCUCAAGUUCCUGGAGUCCUAUGGCUACUUCUCCAUAUCCAUGCUGCUGGUGCUGUACCUCAGCGACGAAUUCGGGCUCAGCGACGUGCAGGCGGGCACAGUGUACGGCCUGUACGGCGCCUUCACCGGCCUCGCGAGCUUCAUCAUGGGGUUCGUGGUGGACAGCCUUGGCGUCCGUGUGAGCCUGAUCACGGGUUUCACCAUCCUGACCACUGCGCGAUUCUUGUUGGCGACGGCGAAGAGUCUAGCAGUGGUGAAACUGGUCCUAUUUGUCCUCAUGCCCAUCGGUGGCUCCCUCGGCAUACCAGUGCUGUCAAUGGGGAUAAAACGGUAUACCACGAGCAGGAACCGGGGCUUUGCUUUCGGCAUUUUUUACGUUGUCAUGAACGUCGCUGCUUUGUGCAGCGGAUUGCUCAUUGAUCUGAUGGAGAUACAGUUGAACUCAGGCAUGACGCUCUUCGGGACUUAUUACUCUCCAAGACGGCUGAUUAUCCUUUCUGGUAUGGUGCUUAGCUUCACCGGUGGGCUGACCUCAUUGUUUUUCAGAGAGAUCAAGGUGAGCGAGGACGACGAGGAGGCUCAGGCCAUGGUCGUGAAGUUCGUAACGCCGUGGCAGGUCGCCGCAGAGGUCUCUCAUCUGCCGCAGUUCUGGCGCUUCCUUGGAAUAACGGUUAUCUGUAUAAACCUCAAGAUGAUAUUCCGAUAUCUGGACGCCGUGCUGCCCACAUACCUUGUACGAGAGUUUGGUCCUUACACCCCCAAGGGCACCAUCAAUUCGAUCAACCCUGCAAUGAUUAUCUUGCUGGUGCCGCUGGUAUCGGCGUUGACCACCGAGUACCUCCACUUCGACAUGAUCCACCUCGGCGGCUACAUCUCUGGCAUGUCCGCGCUGCCCCUCGCGCUCAGCACCUCGAUUCCGGCCGCCAUCACGUUCGUGGUGGUACUGUCCCUGGGGGAGGCCAUAUGGAGCCCACGCUUCUACGACCUCACGGUCAGUAUGGCUCCAGAGGGCCGCGAGGGUACCUUUGUCGCGCUGGGUGCAGCCCCGCUCUUCUUCGCGAAGUUCCCCGUGGGCCUGAUCUCGGGCCAUCUGCUCGACGCCUACUGCCCCAAGGAGGGCGAGCGCUCGUCGCGCACCAUGUGGCUGAUCAUCUGGGGCAUGACGAUGUGCUCCCCGAUCUUCCUGACGGUGUGCCAGCGGUGUCUGCGCUCCUCCGCCGGCAAGGACGUCUGACCCCAGCGCCGCAUGCUCCGACGCGCGCGUGCCGACGUCUCUGACCCUUGGAGCCCCCCCCGCGCCUCGCCUCCCGAGCCUGCCCCUCGCUGUCUCCGCACCGGCCUUGGGUGCUGGCGAGGGCUCCCAGGAGGGCUCCUCGAAGUUCGCCACGAGGCCUUCGAGGGCGUCCGCCGCACGACAGGUUUGCCUGACGACAUCCUGAUUCGCGCAGGACCGCGUGGGUCGAGUCUGGGUGGUCGCGCUCCGCUCUCCACCGCUCUCCUCCGCUAUCCCCUCCUCGUCCGCUUCCGUCUUGCAGAAAAUCGCAUGCGAUGGCGUCCACCGAGAAGGGAAGCAGCCCCCAAGACAUACG